AUGAUUGACCUGGUUGUAACUGAUGUGUUUGUUGCAUUUGCUGUGACUGCCUUAGACUUUGUAUUUGAAGUUAUAACUGGAAUUGAGGUGACAGCUGUCGCUCUUUUUGUUAAUGCUGCAGAUGUAGAAAC